AUGGCACCCCCAGCAGCCGCCUCACAGGCGAAACCCGCCUCGACCGUCGCCCCGCCCGCCCAGAACACCUCGAAGCGCGACUUUCUCAUCUCGCUCGAACAGCAGGCUCAGAAGCGCUGGGCCCAGGACCGCCUCUUUGAGCAGGACUCGCCGUAUGCGACGGGCGAGGCGGACAUUCCUAGCGACGAGUUUGCCAAGCAUGCCGCGGAGCUCAGGGAGAAGUAUCCCAAGGUCCUCGCGACCAUGCCCUACCCGUACAUGAACGGCUCGCUCCACCUCGGACACGGCUUCACCAUCUCCAAGAUCGAGUUCCUCACCGGUUUCGAGCGCAUGCGCGGCAAGCGUGCCCUCUGGCCCUUCGGCUUCCACGCGACCGGCAUGCCUAUCAAGGCUGCGGCGGACAAGCUCAUCCGCGAGAUGGAGAUGUUCGGCGAGGAGUUCGAGAAGUACGGCCAGCCCGAGGACGAGACGGUCACGGCGACUGAGGAGCCCGGGAACGCGACCGCCCUUGCAACCACCUCGACGACCUCCUCGAACGACCCCGCACGAGCAAAGAAGGGCAAGCUUGCGGCCAAGAACACCGGCCUGCAGUACCAGUUUCAAAUCAUGGAGUCGAUCGGUGUCCCCCGCUCCGAGAUCAAGAAGUUCGCCGACCCGUACCACUGGCUCAAGUACUUCCCGCCCAUCGCGCAGGACGACUUGAACGCGCUCGGCUCGCGCAUCGACUGGCGCCGAUCGUUCAUCACCACCCCUGCGAACCCGUACUACGACGCGUUCGUGCGGUGGCAGAUGAACAAGCUCCACGGGCUCGGGUACAUCAAGUUCGGCAAGCGGUACACCAUCUUCUCCCCCAAGGACGGCCAGCCUUGCAUGGACCACGACCGGCAGUCGGGCGAGGGUGUCGGACCGCAGGAGUAUGUCGGCAUGAAGCUCGAGGUGACGCAAUGGGGCGAGCGUGCCGAGCGCGUCAAGCAACUCGCAGGAGGGAAGAAGGUCUUCAUGGUCGCUGCGACGCUCAGGUCCGAGACGAUGCACGGCGUGACCAACCUCUUUGUCGCGCCGUCCGUCAAGUACGGCCUGUACCCCUCGUCGACGACCAAGGGUUCGAAGGAGGACGUCCUCUACCUCGUCACGCCCCGCGCUGCGCGCAAUAUGGCGUACCAGGGUCUCCUCCGCACCGAGGACAAGGUCGAGUGCGUCGGCGAGCUCGAGGGAUCCGAGUUGCUCGGCACCAAGGUCCACCCGGCGCUGUCAGAGCACAAGGAGGUCUACGUCGUGCCUAUGGACACGAUCAAGGACAACAAGGGUACCGCCGUCGUCAUCUGCAUGCCGUCCGACUCGCCUGACGACUGGAUCACCACGCUCGACCUCCGCAAGAAGCCCGAGUACUACAACAUCGACCCCGAGUGGGUCGCGCUCGAGCCCGUCCCCGUCUUGACUACCCCGACCUACGGCGACAAGACGGCCGUCGCCAUCGUCGAGCAGAUGAAGAUCAACUCGCCCAAGGACACGAAGCAGCUCGCCGAGGCCAAGGAGCUCGCGUACAAGGAGGGCUUCUAUGGCGGUACGAUGAUCGUCGGCAAGUACAAAGACGAGAAGGUCGAGGACGUCAAGAACAAGAUUCGCGACGACCUCAUCGCGCAGGACCUCGCCUUCAUCUACUCCGAGCCCGAGAACCUCGUCAUGUCCCGCUCGGGCGACGAGUGCGUCGUCGCGCUCUGCGACCAGUGGUACCUUGACUACGGAGAGGCGGGAUGGCUCAAGAAGGCCGAACUCCUCCUCUCGCGCAUGAACACGUACCAGCCCGAGACGCGCAACGGCUUCGAGAAGACGCUCGGCUGGCUCCGGCAAUGGGCGUGCGCGCGCUCGUACGGCCUCGGCUCGAAGCUCCCGUGGGACCCGCAGUUCCUCGUCGAGUCGCUCUCCGACUCGACCAUCUACAUGGCGUACUAUACGAUUGCGCACCUCCUCCACGGCCCGCCCAUCGACGGCUCCAAGGUCGGACCGCUCGGCAUCACGGCCGAGCAGAUGACGGACGAGAUGUGGGAGUACAUCUUCGCCAACGGGCCCUUCCCCUCGCACUCGCCUGUCCCGAUCGAGAAGCUCAACCGCCUCAAGGCCGAGUUCUCCUACUUCUACCCGAUGGACAUCCGCUCGUCCGGCAAGGACCUCAUCCCGAACCACCUCACCUUCUGCAUCUACGUCCACGCCGCCCUCUUCGGCGAGGAACACUGGCCGCGCUCGAUGCGCGCCAACGGCCACCUCAUGCUCAACGGCGAAAAGAUGUCCAAGUCGACCGGCAACUCGCUCACGCUCAAGGACUCGCUCGUCAAGUUCGGCGCCGACGCGACCCGCGUCACCCUCGCCGACGCAGGCGACUCGAUCGAGGACGCCAACUUUGAAGAGUCGACCGCCAAUGCCGCCAUCCUCCGCCUCCACACCCUCAUCGAGUGGUGCCAGGAGGUCGUCAAGGACCAGGGCCAGCUCCGCCGCGGCCCGUCCGACGAGCUCAUCUGGGACCGCAUCUUUGAGAACGAGAUCAACGAGGCGAUCGAGUUGACCUACAAGGCGUACGACCAGGCGCUCUACAAGGACGCGCUCAAGAACGGUUUCUACCAGUUGCUCUCGGCGCGCGACCUGUACCAGCUCGCGACUGCGUCCGAGGGCGGCAUGCACGUCGACCUCGCCCUCCGCUUCAUCCGCAUCCAGGCCCUCCUCCUCACCCCGAUCGCGCCGCACGUCGCCGAGCACCUCUGGUCGACCGUCCUCGGCGAGCAGACGUCCGUCCAGAAGGCGCAGUUCCCGACCAUCUCGAAGCCCGUCGACCGCGCGACGACUGACGCCGCCGUCUACGUCCGGUCCAAGGUCAAGGAGAUCCGUGACGCCGAGCUCUCGUUUGCGAAGAAGAAGGCCAAGGGCAAGGCGACGGGCGCGUUCGACCCGUCCAAGCCCAAGGCGUGCAAGGUCUGGGUCGCCAAGGGCUUCCCCGAGUGGCAGGAGGCGGCCGUCGAGGUCGUCAAGUCGGCGUGGACCGGCUCUGCGGUCGACGACAAGAAGGUCAAGGAGGACCUCGUCGCUCGCGGCCUCAUCAAGGACAAGCGGUACAUGCCGUUCAUCGCACAGCUCAAGAAGGGCAUCGCGCAGUUCGGUUUCCAGGAGGCUAUCGACCGGCACAUUACCUUCGACGAGGUGGCGACGCUCAACGCCGCGAUGCCGUACAUCCGCCGCUCGCUCGGCAUGGACGACAUCGAGGUCCUUCACACCGACUCGGACAAGGCCAAGGAGGGCGAGCCCGGCUUCGUCGCGUCCAUCGUCGAGGCCGCGCAGCCUGGCAACCCCGGCCUCGUUCUCUACAACAUCUAG